GUGCAUGAUGCGAGUCCUGCACCCAGACCUCUUCACUAGACCUGGAGUGAAGGGCCUUCAAUCCAGUUUUAUCCUUUCGUUAACUCCAGUCUUCUUCUGCUGUUAGGCGGCAGGUUGAAGGCAGGUGAGGCUAGAUAAAUGGACAGCUGUGAGAACGAGAAUCAUUAUGGCGAUUGUAACAAAGGGGAUGUAUUGAAGCAGAUUGAAGAAGAGACGGAGGAGAAAGAGAAGGGCGCAUCAACCCCAUCCAGUUCGAUGAGCAGAUCUAGCUCACGGCCACAACUUGAUCUUAGCAGGGCUGCCAUACAAGGAGACUUGGAAGACAGGAAUCCCACAAUCCUGCUUCCAAACCAGUCUGAUGACAUAUCCCACUUGGCUUUGGAUAUCGGAGGAUCCCUCAUUAAGCUGGUAUAUUUUUCACGGCAUGAGGAACUUUCAGUUGAUGACAAGAGGAGGAAAUCCAUGAAGAAAAGGUUUGGACUGUCAAAUGGAAAUAGGAGAAGCUAUCCAAUUCUUGGUGGUCGGCUUCACUUUGUGAAGUUUGAGACUGGGAAACUGAAUGAAUGCCUUGAUUUUAUUUCUUCCAAACAACUUCAUCGCGGUGGGAUUGACUCACCUUCCUGGCGAUCUGCAGCUCAACCAAAUCAUAACAUUGUAAUGAAGGCCACAGGUGGUGGGGCUUACAAGUUCGCUGAUGUAUUAAAAGAACGUCUUGGAGUUGGUCUUGAUAAGGAAGAUGAGAUGCAUUGCCUUGUAGCUGGUGCCAAUUUCUUGCUUAAAGCAAUAAGGCAUGAAGCUUUCACACACAUGGAUGGCCAGAAAGAAUUUGUGCAGAUUGACCAGAAUGAUUUGUUUCCAUAUCUUCUUGUUAAUAUUGGUUCUGGAGUUAGCAUUAUCAAGGUGGAUGGUGAAGGAAAAUUUGAGCGGGUUAGUGGGACAAAUGUAGGCGGUGGUACUUAUUGGGGAUUAGGGAGGUUGUUGACAAAGUGCAAAAGUUUUGAUGAGUUGUUAGAGUUGAGCCAACGAGGAGAUAGUAGCAAUGUUGACAUGCUCGUUGGAGAUAUUUAUGGCGGGAUGGACUAUUCUAAGAUUGGGCUUUCAGCAUCAACAAUAGCUUCUAGCUUUGGGAAAACGAUUUCAGACACCAAGGAACUGUCUGACUAUAGACCUGAAGAUCUCUCUCUCUCUCUUUUGCGGAUGAUUUCUUAUAACAUUGGGCAGAUCUCAUAUCUGAAUGCACUCCGUUAUGGGCUGAAAAAGAUAUUUUUCGGAGGAUUCUUCAUUCGUGGUCAUGCAUACACAAUGGACACGAUUUCUUUUGCUGUUAAUUUCUGGUCAAAAGGACAAGCACAAGCUAUGUUUCUACGCCAUGAAGGCUUUUUGGGAGCUCUUGGUGCAUUUAUGAGCUAUGAAAAACAUGGACUUGAUUACCUCAGAGCACAUCAGUUAGUAGAAAGGUUUCCUAUGGGGGCUCCUUAUGUUGGUGGGAAAAUUCAUGGUCCACCCCUUGGCAAUCUAAAUGAAAAGAUUUCAUGGAUGGAGAAGUUUGUGCAGAAAGGUACUCAGAUUACUGCUCCUGUGCCUACAGCUGCACCUAGAACUACUGGUUUGGGUGGCUUUGACCGACCUUCAUCCAGGGGCGAUAUCUUGCGUUCAGAUGCAAGUGCUGCAUUGAGCAUAGGUGUACUUCAUUUUGUUCCUACACUCGAGGUGUUUCCUUUAUUGGAGGACCCUAAGACGUAUGAACCAAACACUAUUGAUCUAACAGAUCCUGGCGAACUUGAGUACUGGUUAACUGUGUUAUCAGAGCAUUUACCUGACCUUGUUGAUAAGGCAGUUGCAAGUGAAGGGGGGACAGAUGAUGCUAAAAGAAGAGGAGAUGCAUUUGCUCAUGCAUUCUCUGCUCACUUGGCAAGGUUGAUGGAAGAGCCUGCUGCUUAUGGGAAGUUUGGCUUGGCCAAUCUUUUGGAGCUCAGGGAAGAAUGCUUGAGGGAGUUCCAGUUUAUGGAUGCUUAUAUUACAAUUAAACAGAGGUUGGUUUGAAUUGUUAAAAUCACCAAA